UGGAUAUUUCUUAUGUUUUUUGUAUUUUUUUCAUGUUUAUUAAUAAUGAAGCGGUUUUAUAAGGUUUAUAUACCUUUGAAAUGGUUUAGAGGGAAUAAACAAUAUUCUCGAGUAGAAUCGUCAUUUCAAACAGACUUAGAAGAAGGAUUUUCAUCAAAAACGUUUGAUCUUUAUCAAAAUAUUGAAAAUAAAGAUAGUAGGGCAGGUCUUGAUAGUUGUAGUAAAGAGGAGAUUUAUCAUAUUAUGAAUAAGUAUAAAUGUGGGUUCGAUGAAGCCAGGGUUAUAUUUAAUCAGGAACGUAUGAAAUAUAAUUCCAUUGACCCACAAACAGGGAAGCCUACAGAUCCAAGAGCAGUAUUUUUUUCAUAAAUUAAUUAUGAAAAAUUAAUUAUAAAAAAAGAUAUAUAAAAAUGU